AUUUUGCACAAUGAUUCUGUUUGCCAACUUACAAAAUAAAAUCACUCUAUAAAUGUAUUCUGAAAAUAUUGCCAGAGAAACUUUCCACUGACAUCUGAAAGAGAACUCGCAUGAGCCAAACUCAGGGAUUAAUCAGCAUCGAACAACUAAAGGAUGAAGACAGCUUUGUAUGUUAUUUAUUUUGUGCUGCACAUACCUGAAUCUUUUUCACAAAAUAUUGCAGAAUGUGUACAUGACUUGCUAUCUGACGUAGAUUUUCCUGGAAAUGACAUUGAAUCGGUCCUUGCACCAGACGUCCACUACUGUCAAAAAGUGUGCACUGAGAACAGCAGGUGUCAGUUUUUCACUUUUUUAACAAGUGGUUGGAACACUGACAAUCAAAGGUUUUAUUGUUAUUUGAAGAGGACGACAACAGGGCAGCCAAGUGUGAAAUCUAAUUUACAAAACGUUGUCUCAGGAUAUUCUCUGAGAGAUUGCGGGACACAAUCCUCCUGUUUUGAAACAGUUUAUGAUGGUUUGGACUUUCCGGGAAAUGACAUCCAUCAGUCUGUGGUGGAGAAUGAAGAGAGUUGUCAACGAAAAUGUACAGAGGAACCUGACUGCCAGUUUUUCACCUUUAUAAAAGAAGAAUUUCACAAUGAACCACAGCGCUUGAUUUGCUACCGCAAGAAAAGUGAAAGAGGGACUCCAGCAAGAAUAACAAUUCUUCAGAAUGUGGUAUCUGGAUUUUCUUUAAGGAGAUGUGAAGGAUGUGUACGUGAGCUGCUAUCUGACGUAGAUUUUCCUGGAAAUGACAUUGAAUCGGUCCUUGCACCAGACGUCCACUACUGUCAAAAAGUGUGCACUGAGGACAGCAGGUGUCAGUUUUUCACUUUUUUAACAAGUGGUUGGAACACUGACAAUCAAAGGUUUUAUUGUUAUUUGAAGAGGACGACAACAGGGCAGCCAAGUGUGAAAUCUAAUUUACAAAACGUUGUCUCAGGAUAUUCUCUGAGAGAUUGCGGGACACAAUCCUCCUGUUUUGAAACAGUUUAUGAUGGUUUGGACUUUCCGGGAAAUGACAUCCAUCAGUCUGUGGUGGAGAAUGAAGAGAGUUGUCAACGAAAAUGUACAGAGGAACCUGACUGCCAGUUUUUCACCUUUAUAAAAGAAGAAUUUCACAAUGAACCACAGCGCUUGAUUUGCUACCGCAAGAAAAGUGAAAGAGGGACUCCAGCAAGAAUAACAAUUCUUCAGAAUGUGGUAUCUGGAUUUUCUUUAAGGAGAUGUGAAGGAUGUGUACGUGAGCUGCUAUCUGACGUAGAUUUUCCUGGAAAUGACAUUGAAUCGGUCCUUGCACCAGACGUCCACUACUGUCAAAAAGUGUGCACUGAGGACAGCAGGUGUCAGUUUUUCACUUUUUUAACAAGUGGUUGGAACACUGACAAUCAAAGGUUUUAUUGUUAUUUGAAGAGGACGACAACAGGGCAGCCAAGUGUGAAAUCUAAUUUACAAAACGUUGUCUCAGGAUAUUCUCUGAGAGAUUGCGGGACACAAUCCUCCUGUUUUGAAACAGUUUAUGAUGGUUUGGACUUUCCGGGAAAUGACAUCCAUCAGUCUGUGGUGGAGAAUGAAGAGAGUUGUCAACGAAAAUGUACAGAGGAACCUGACUGCCAGUUUUUCACCUUUAUAAAAGAAGAAUUUCACAAUGAACCACAGCGCUUGAUUUGCUACCGCAAGAAAAGUGAAAGAGGGACUCCAGCAAGAAUAACAAUUCUUCAGAAUGUGGUAUCUGGAUUUUCUUUAAGGAGAUGUGAAGGAUGUGUACGUGAGCUGCUAUCUGACGUAGAUUUUCCUGGAAAUGACAUUGAAUCGGUCCUUGCACCAGACGUCCACUACUGUCAAAAAGUGUGCACUGAGGACAGCAGGUGUCAGUUUUUCACUUUUUUAACAAGUGGUUGGAACACUGACAAUCAAAGGUUUUAUUGUUAUUUGAAGAGGACGACAACAGGGCAGCCAAGUGUGAAAUCUAAUUUACAAAACGUUGUCUCAGGAUAUUCUCUGAGAGAUUGCGGGACACAAUCCUGUAAGUAACAAAGAUAACACGUUGACUGCGAGAGUAUUU